AUGCAAACACCGCAAAGUAGAAAAAUAAAAGGCUAUCUCCUCCACAUAAUCGAUUGUGGGCCAAUACCAUGAUGCGUAGAACGCAUCACCACGCGCAGUUGGGCAGAGAUAAUGUAAACUGAAGAGAUAUAGCUAUAGAUAGAGGUAGUAGAGAAAGGGAGUGGCCAAAAAGAACACAAAAAUGGCAGCAACUGCUUCAUCUUUCAUAUCAUCAUCUUUCCUUCCAACUAUUAAUCCUCAAAACCAGCAAUUAUUGCUUUUCAAAAAUUCUACCCAUCAAUUCACCAAAAUUCCCAAGAAAUCACCUCUCUACUUCAGGGUCCGGGCAGCAAGGCUUCCAUCUGGUGUGGAAUUGCCAAAAGUGGAGCCAAAAUUCAAAGCUCCAUUUCUCGGAUUUACAAGAACAGCUGAAAUAUGGAAUUCUAGAGCUUGUAUGAUUGGUCUAAUUGGAACUUUCAUUGUAGAAUUGAUAUUGAAUAAAGGAAUACUCCAAGUGAUAGGGGUGGAAGUCGGUAAAGGUCUUGAUCUUCCUCUUUGAAGGUUGAAUUUGCUUAUACAUGUAUUUUGUAACUGGAGGACCUUGACAUGAUUUUUAACUGCUUCUGUUAUGUAGCUUUUGCACUAUUUUAUGUGUAAACAACAGUUACUUGCAAUAUUAUUUCUUCUUCCAUAAUCUGCCA